AAUGCCGCAAGGAUAGGACAUGACACAGCAAGCUGGAAGAUCACCAGUCGCAACAGUAUUAGUUAACAACGAGGGAAAGGAGAAACUGAUGUGAUUAGCAAGCACGGGCACGGUAAAGCAGAGAGCCUCUUGCUGUUAGUGAACUAAGGCGACGGAGACCGCGAGGGCGGCGAACUAGGCUGGGCAGCGAUGAUGGCGACCUCGGCCAGCGGCGUCUCCCUCCUCCUCCUCCUCGCCCAUCCGGCGCCGCCACCGCACCCCGCCAACGGCGCCAGCAGCCUGUGGCGCGGCGGUGGCGCCGCGCUAGCUCCUCAUCCUGCUCGCUUCGCGGCCAAGAGGAGGACGCUCCGGUUGGUUAACGUCAGCGUCAGCUGCAGCGCCGAGGCGCUGCGCUCCGACGGCGCUGGCGCGGAGCCGGCGGUGCCGCGGUCUGUGCCGGUGCGCGUCGCCUACGAGCUGCAACAGGCCGGCCACCGCUACCUCGACGUCAGAACGGAGGGCGAGUUUAGCGCCGGCCACCCUGAAGGAGCUGUGAACAUCCCAUACAUGAACAAAACCGGCUCAGGAAUGACGAAAAACGCUCACUUUCUCGAGCAAGUGUCGAGGGCUUUCGGGAAGGACGACGAGAUCAUCGUGGGCUGCCAAAGCGGCAAGAGGUCUCUCAUGGCGGCGACCGAGCUCUGCUCCGCUGGCUUCACCGCUGUCACCGACAUCGCCGGCGGAUUCUCGACCUGGAGGGAGAACGAGCUGCCUACCGUCCAGUGACGGUGAUUUCAGCCUGCCUCGCCGGCGUCGUAAGUGUGGUUGGAGCUUGCCCAGCGUUUUCUGUCCAAGCCUGUACAUAUGUCUUCCUGCCUUCUGCUAUAGUUCUGGAAUAAAGAGUGCUGGGGAAUGGAAUGGAGCAUGUUGUAAAGUAAAGCACAACGAGUAGGCUUCUUUCUUUUUUACGUCAUGCUUCAUCUCAUGCAUAGGACAUUCUUAUCUGCUCGGUACUCCCUGCAUGCGGAUUUGUUCAUAGUAUGGGUUUCCUCGUCGAACUCUGAAACUAGACACCUUACCCCUCUGAACUCUCAAGACCACUCAGACGAGUCAGAUCACCUUCUGUCUUGGUUUGGAAUGAUUUUAUCCUUUUUUAUAGCCAAAAUCAUUAAAUACAUGAGCAGUCCCCAUUUCUAUUACUAUCAUAACAGAAAUACAAAGCAGUUUGGAUAGUUCC